AUGCUGUUAUUUGCAUACUUCACAGACGAUCUCAAAUUUUAUCAGCUUGCUCUCAGAAGCAAACAAUAUCUCAUUCGAACAAGUCUAAAAAAAAAUUAGUUCAACAAAAUGCAAAGAAAUUUGUUAACUUCCUUGCGCCCGUUGUUCCGGUGCUCCCAAGUUUUGACUCCUCUCUCUGCAUCCCCUCGGCUUUUCCAAACUUCUUCGCUGCUGCAGGCUCAGAAGAAAAGCGGCAAGCUGUCGCCGAAGAUAGCAAAGUUGCAGAGGAAAUAUCAGGAGAACAAUGGAAAGCCGGUGUUCCUUAAGGGCGGUCCCAUGGACGUUAUAUUGUAUAGACUGACUUGGGUACUGGCCAUCAUUGGCAUCCUGGGCGAUGUCUGGCUGUGGCUUGGCUACAUAAUAUAUAAUUAAGUUAGCCACAUACAUACACAUUACACAUACAGAUACAAUACACAUUAGCACACUUAAAAUGUGACACAAAAUCAAACAAAAGUACGUUUCCUGCACAACUUCUAAGACAUCUUCCCCGGCUAGAAUAAACUAAUUUGAUUUCGACUACAAA